CGGCAGGAACUUUCAACUAGUUUCAGAGAAAGUCCUCAUACAUCGUGUGCGCCUCAUACAUCGUGUGCGCCUCAUACAAAUCUUGGAAGCACCAUGAAUGUCGAUGAUAUCGAAGUACAGCCACCACUUUGAAAUUUCCAUUCUCCUCUGCCGCUCGAUGUCUGAACCACCAACGAACGAGUUCUCCUCUGUUGAAGAAAAGAUGGAAGUUGCACAGGGACACAAAGAGAAAGGAGACAAGGCGUUUCGCUCUGGCGAUUGGAAGGCCGCACUCCAAAGUUAUCACCUCGCUCUGUUGUACCUCACCGGUUUGGAUAAGCGCGGGUUACCGGCGAUCCCCAAGGAGAUUGCUGAGUCGGUGGAUCCUGAUGAGGCAAAAACCUUGACCCAAAACGUUCGACUGAAUAUGGCAGCAUGCCAUUUGAAGACUGACAAUUUCAAGAGAGCCCUCUAUUAUGCCGAUGAGGUCUUGAAGAAAAACCCUACCAAUACGAAGGCGCUUUUCCGCAGGGCAAAGAGUUUAUCUAGCACGGGGUACACCGAGAAAGCUAUCAAAAUUCUCGAAGAUCUGGUUGCGAAGAAUCCUGAUGAUUCAACAUUUACGUCAGAGCUAGCUGCGGCAAGGGCAAAAGAGAAGGAAGCCGAUGUCAAAAGUUAUAAGAAGUUCAAAGGCUUCCUUUCGAAGGACAAGGGCGAAAAACCUGAAACAUCGUGAUUCAUGCUUAUUGGAGAUUUGGCGCAAAACUCACACCCAGCUAUGCCCCCGGUCGUUACACUUUCUGACUGAGCUCGUUGCAUUCCAUCAACUAAUUGGGAAUUUGUGUCGUUACUGGUCCACAAUUCUGUGCCCUCGGGACAAGCCUCCUUGCUGAUUAGCCGGGAGGCGAACGGGAGGCAAAAUUCCGCCACCGAAUCUCCCCCGCCAAUGAAAUGACUUAAUAUAAAUCCGUAGCUCGCUCUGGGCCCCCUCUUCCUCAUCACACUCGAAUCUAGCAUCCUUGCCACUGAUCAACUGAAGCUCCUUCCCUGUCGCGCUAGUGCCUUUGAUAAAGGUCUCUG